AUGGCCGAAGUACGCAAGAUCGUGAUAUUAGGUGCUGCAUUCGGUGGACUGGGUACUUUCCACUAUCUCGCGAAGCAUGUUGUUCCUCAACUCAAAGGCGCAAAAUACGAGAUUCACCUGGUGUCAGAGUCCAGUUCGUUCUGGUGGAAUGUUGCAGCUCCCCGACAGAUCGUGACAAUGGCGGACCUGACUGUCGAGAAGACUUUCGUCCCAAUCACGAAAAUUAUUGAUCAAUAUCCCAACCUCAAGGACUCGAUCUUCUUCCACCACGCAAGCGCCACAUCUCUCGAUCAUGAGGCGCGAACGGUGACGCUGUCCCCUCAAGGAGGUGAGACCAAGGUCAUUGACUAUUACGCUCUCGUGAUUGCGACUGGRGUCAAGAGCCCGACGCCGCUGACCACUUUGCACGGGGACUACACUAUAACCGAGAAGGCCCUUCUGGACAUGAAUGCCAAAAUCGGUAGUGCAAAGGAGGUUGUGAUUAGUGGCGGUGGACCUAUUGGGGUUGAGACGGCCGGAGAAAUCGGGUAUCAUCUGAAAGGCAAGGCGAAAAUUACCUUGAUCACURGUGGUGACAAAUUGCUUCCCGUCUUCAACAAGUCCCGGGCGGCCAAGGCGCAGGACAAGCUCGAAAAACUCGGCGUCACAGUCGUCUAUGGCACAAAAGUCAAUAGUGCUGAGCAGGGAGCUGAUGGUAAGACGCAACUCUCGCUCGACGACGGCAAGACGAUGACAGCCGACAUCUACAUACCUGCCCACGGAGUCAAGCCUAAUUCUGAAUUUGUCCCGGCCUCGCUCAAGUCUAGCAAUGGAUACAUCAACACCAACAAGGAGACUAUGCGAGUAGACGCUGCAGGGCCGCGUGUCUACGCUGCGGGAGACAUUGCUGGUGUGGAUACUGGUGGUAUAGUGAACAUGUAUAAUUCGCUACCAGUACUGCAAAAGAAUCUCGCCAACGAUUUGCUCUCCGAAGCAACAGGUGGUAGCAACAGUACCGACAAGAAAUACACUUUCACACCCGCAGAAACGCAGUUCGUACCGGUUGGUCCCAAGACAGGCGUUGCGGCGUUCAAUGGCUGGUCCGUUCCCGGAUUUGUGGUAUCGUUUGUUAAGGGAAAGGACUAUAUGGUAGGCAUGGGAAUGGCGGACUGGACGGAGGGAAAGAAGUUCGCCAAGGCGUUGUAG